AAAUCAUCCCUAAGUUUUUGUAAGUGUCAAGUGUGACAUAUUUUCUGGUUGACUUUUCUCUCACUGUAUCACACACCAUAUGUGUCUAUGCAGCAGCGUCUAUGAUCGCAGAGCGCCUUAAACUAAAUCAAAAUGUCAACAGCAACAGCCCUUGUAUGCAAGCCCACCACCACCACCACAAUCACAUCAUUUCCCAAACUCAAAUAUCUGAAACGCGUUUCUUACACUAAAAUUCCCAUCUCCAAAUUGGUUUUGUGUGGCCAAUCUCUUUCCCAGAAACCCGUUUCAGUGGAUAACAGAUGCUGGCGUCCAAACACCAUGACCGAGUCGACCCAAACUUCUGCCUUCAAGAGUAGUAAUGGUGACGGAGUUGUUAGACCAUUCGAACAAGAAGCUCUCAUCCGCCGGUCCUCGGAUUUUCGCCCCAAUUUUAUGGCUUGUGGUCUCGAAUCGAUUCUCAAUAGUCUGAGCAAGUGGUUUGUGGCUGCACUUUUUGGUGCAGUCUUCCUCUGGAGGCAUGAUGCUGAAGCUUUAUGGGCUGCUACGGGUUCUGUAUUAAACGCUGGCCUCUCAGUUGCACUUAAGCACAUAUUAAACCAAGAGCGGCCCAUUCCUACCUCAAGAUCAGACCCUGGAAUGCCAUCUUCACAUGCCCAAUCCAUCUUCUUUACCAACAUUUUUGUUAUUAAGUCAAUGAUGGAUUGGCUUGGGGUGAAUGGAUAUACAGUAACUCUCAGUGUUCUUCUCUUGGCACUUGGUUCAUAUUUUUCAUGGCUACGGGUUUCACAGAAACUGCACACAAUGAACCAAAUAGUAGUGGGAGCAACAUUGGGAUCAAUUUUCUCCAUUUUGUGGUUCUGGUUGUGGGAUGAGAUUGUGCUGAAAGCGUUUAUCUCCCAUUUAUGGGUUCGACUUGUCGUUAUUCUGGGGGGCUCUGGAUUUUGCCUGUGCUUUAUUUUGUACGUCAUUCGGUUUUGGUUUAAUGAUGAUCGAUGAACUUUGUAUCAUGUAUAUUAAAAAGUUAUACACGAAUUCAAAAACUUGCAAUUUCUUUGUUUGUACUGUAUGCAGGACCCUAGUGUGACUCCAAGAUCUGUUUACGGAUGAAAUUUUGUGGUAGAAAUGUACAUGGAAAUUCUUUAUUUUCUAUUUUA